AUGUCCUUUACUAUUGAAAACAUACUGAGCAAAUAUCCAAAAAGCAACUGUGGCAGAUGGACAUGUGAUGCUGGAGUAAAGGAGAAGGCUGGGAGUCCUGUUGGAGGCCACACAGAGACAGUUCAUCACGCCCUGGUGUGCUGCUGCUGCUACUGCUCCCACUGUGGAGACAUGCUGAGAUAUGACUUCCUCCAUGAAGACCUCCUCCCAGCUGCCCGUCUCUGUGGUUUGCCUCCUGUGAUGCUGUCAAAUCCCCGUAAACUGUGUGAGAGUCACAGAGCGGAGCAGUUGCCCGUUCAGUUGCAGAGGCGGACCAGGCGCCACCGAACCAUUUUCACAGAGGAGCAGCUGGACGCACUGGAGGAGCUGUUCCUGCAGAACCAGUAUCCAGAUGUGAACACAAGGGAGAAAUUAGCCCAACACACUCACCUGAGAGAAGAAAGAGUUGAGGUGCGCAAGUCCUCAGUGUUUGUAUGA